ACCUGGCAUUUCUCUGAAAGCAGAUGAACACCAACCCCUCUCCAGGCCCCUACCACUUCCAAGCCCCGAGCCGCAUUUUUUGGCACACUGUGCGAGGCAUGCUGCCCCACAAGACCAAGCGAGGCCAGACUGCCCUGAAACGCCUCAAGGUGUUGGAUGGGAUCCCUCCACCCUAUGACAAGAAAAAACGGAUGGUGGUCCUUGCCGCCCUCAAGGUUGUGCGGCUAAAGCCUACUAGAAAGUUUGCUUACCUGGGACAUCUGGCUCAUGAGGUUGGGUGGAAGUACCAGGCAGUAACAGCCACUCUGGAAGAGAAACAGAAGGAAAAGGCCAAGAUCCACUAUUGGAAGAAGAAGCAGCUCUUGAGGCUACGGAAACAGGCAGAAAAGAAUGUGGAGAAGAAAAUCAGCAAGUUCACAGAGGUCCUUAAGACCAAUGGACUCCUGGUGUGAGCCCAAUAAAGACUAUUUGCUUCAAAAAAAA